AUGUUGGUCAAAUCCUCCCUCGGCCAUGUGGCUGCCUCCCUCUUGCUCUUCACGCCCGUCUUGGGCCAAACAGUCGUUGGCUCGGACUACAACAAGCCCUCUGCUGGUCCUCCAGCAAGUUUCUUUGCGGCUGCCACCACAAUGCCCGUAGCCGCUUUGCAAUCCGCGGCCGCAAAGGCCAGUGCCGUGCCCAAGAGUGCCAAGUAUCCGAUCAACUUUGACUCGGACUCGCCUACCGCUACCAUCCACGCAGACUGGGCUACUUUGCCUACUGGUGCGGCCUAUGUCUGGGUUGCUGACAUGGAUGUCGAUUGCGAUGGCCUUGAUUACCAAUGCAAGGGCAAUGGUGAUGGCCAGGAUGCAACCAACUUCGGCGCAUUGGCGGCGUACGAGGUGCCGUUUAUUGUCAUUCCUCAGCAUUUCUACAAGGCCUACGAAUCCCAACUAACAGGCAACAACGUUGCUGCCGUGAUUUGCAAUGGCAAAAUGUACUAUGGUAUCUUUGGCGACACGGACGGCGACACCCCCGAGGUCAUCGGCGAAGCUUCGUGGCUUAUGGCUAGGACGUGCUUCCCUGACGACGAUCUCAACGGCAAUAACGGACACGUUCCUGCGAAUGUUACGUAUAUCGUCUUCACUGGCGAUAACGCCGUCCUCCCCAGCAGCGCCGUCAACGACAAUUACAUCACCAACUUUACCAAGCUGCGCAGUCUUGGUGAUAGUCUUGUCAAUGCUCUUGUCUCCCAGCUGGGUCUUUCGGGAUCCAAGCCGACUACUACCCUGAAGACUACCACCACUACCAAGACUACAACCACGGCGACGUCUACCGCGACUUGUUCCUGGGCGGGCCACUGCCUCGGUACCUCCUGCUCCUCGGACAACGAAUGCUCGGACCCCUUUGCUUGCAUCAACGGACAUCUUCUUGCUCGUCUGACAGCCAGUGCUCUGACCCCUGGGCUUGUAUCGACGGUGCCUGUGCCGUUGAUCCAAGCAUCACCUGCUCCUGGGAGGGACAUUGCCAGGGAGCCACUUGCCUCACCGAUGAUGAAUGUGAUGACCCAUGGUCUUGUGUUUAUGGAGUGUGCGCUACGGAUCCAAGUUCAUGAUGGGGUGAUAGCAGGUUGA